UACACAAUGUUGACCAGCCUAUGGAUUCUUCUUUUCUUUAGAUUUGGCCCGAGCUUGAGCCUAAGACAUAUCAGGGGAGAUCAUCAGUCGGACACGGAAGUCAGCAAGUUCAUGAGGACCCUAGAUGUGAUACCAGAUGUAGUCCAGAUCGGACCUCAGGAGUUCUUGAAUGUCACAUAUCACGGCCAAGUAGCAGCACAUUGUGGAAAGUUACUAGAGCCCAUGCAAGUACGCGAUGAACCCUCAUUAAAAUGGCCCGCAGAACCGGAAAACUACUAUACACUGCUGAUGAUUGACCCGGACGUACCCAACGUCAUAACGCCCACGCACCGGGAGUUCUUGCACUGGAUGGUGCUGAACAUACCCGGCAAUCGACUGGCACUUGGCGAUGUGCGCGUGGGAUACAUGGGACCCACUCCGCUGAGGGGGACCGGAACCCACCGGUUUGUCUUCCUGCUCUACAAACAGAGGGAUUACACCAAGUUUGACUUCCCAAAGCUGCCCAAGCACUCGGUAAAGGGACGUAGUGGGUUUGAAACGAAACGCUUCGCAAAGAAAUAUAAAUUUGGGCAUCCAGUGGCUGGGAACUUCUUCACAGCCACCUGGAGCGCCGAUGUUCGAGCCCUUAUAAAGGUCAUUUCACUCGGUGCACGCCAGGCCACGCAAACUUGAGUUAAUGGUUUAGUUACUAAUAAAAAUUAAAUAAAA